AUGGAAUUACGCCUCAAAGGGGCUCUAUCCCCCUUACCCGUACAAAACGCUCGCUUUGUGUCCCCCUUCUUUCUAGUUCCCAAGAAGGACUCGAGUUUGCGACCCAUUUUGAACCUGAGAGAGCUGAACAAAUCUAUGAUCCACGAACAUUUCAAAAUGGAGGGUUGGGACACUGUAAAGGGCCUGCUUCUUCAAGGGGAUUUCCUAGCACGCAUCGAUCUGAAGGAUGCAUAUUUGUCCAUCCCGAUAGCGGAGUCCGAUCGUCCCUGGCUCUGCUUCCUUUCUCAGGGCAGUUGUUACCAGUGGAAUGUUCUUCCCUUCGGCCUAUGCACGGCACCAAGGGUGUUCACCAAGCUCAUGAAACCGGUCGUGGCUUACCUAAGAGCCCAAGGGAUCCGGUUAGUUAUUUACCUAGACGACAUUCUGCUCAUGGAUCAAUCUGCACGAUGCCUGUUGUGCUCCGUGCAGCUGGUACUCAACCUCCUCCGGUCCCUAGGCUUUGUCGUGAAUCAGGAGAAGUCUCAUUUAUCCCCAACUCAGAAACUUCGUUUUCUGGGAUUCGAGAUCUCAACAGCUCCCUUGGCAGUCGCUCUUCCCCUAGAGAAGGGCAUGGCCAUAUCCCGAGAACUCAAUAUCCUACUCAAGCCAAGGAUAUCUGCAAGGCAGUUAGCAAAAGUGAUUGGUCUUCUGAACGCAACAUCCCUCGCGGUGCUCGAAGCCCCACUUUAUCUCAGGUCACUGCAAUUCCUACUUCUUCAAACUUUGAAGCGGGGUUCCUACGAGAGCAUGACUACACUCUCCUCGGAAGCCAGAAGGGACCUCUCGUGGUGGAGCAAGGUGCUCCUCACCUGCCCCAGUCGACGUUGGUGCGAAAUCCCAGUUGUACAGGUGAUUCAGACAGACAGUUCCCUACAGGGCUGGGGGGCCAGCUCGAACGGACAAGUAGUGGGCCAUCAGUGGACCGCAGAGCAGACUCAGCUUCACAUAAACGAGCUAGAACUGCUGGCAGCCUUUUUAGGGCUCAAAGCUCUAGCAAAAGACGGCUGUCGCAGCAAUCAAUCGUAUGGGGAGCACUCGUUCUAUGCGUCUCAAUCGGACCGCCCUCCAGCUGUGGUCUUGGUGCCUGGACAAGGGUCUCACAGUGCAAGCGCAGCACAUUCCCGGGGUUUUGAAUGUGGUGGCGGACCAGGCGUCCCGAUUCCGGUUCGACAGCAGCAGCUGGAAGCUACAUCAGUCUGUCUUCCAACGGAUCAACCGGCUUUGGGGACCAAUCAGGAUGGAUCUGUUCGCCGAUCUGUCCAAUUACCAGGUACCCCAAUACUUCAGUUGGAAACCGGACCCGGGGGCCACGGGCGUGGAUGCUUUCAGCCAACAUUGGGCAAGUCCAGGUCUCUAUGCCUUCCCUCCAUUCAGCAUGGUGAAUCGCUGCCUUCGGAAGAUGUGCGAGUCAAAGUGCUCCCUCAUACUGGUAGCCCCAAUCUGGCCGUCCCAGCCUUGGUACCCGUCCCUUCUGCGCUUCGCUUGCCAGGAACCUCGGGUUCUACCAGCCAUCCGAGACCUGCUGCGGAAUGCAAGAGGCACGACCCACCCACUUUUAGAUCAGGGUCUACGUCUAGCGGUCUGGAAUCUAACCAGCAAUCAGGCUCUCAUUCAGGCCUUUCAGGAGCAGCUUCAGAGCUCAUUGCAGCCUCAUGGCGCAGGGGCACAAGGCUUGUGUAUGACUCCUGCUGGCGAAAGUGGGAUGGCUGGUGCAAUGAACGGGCGGUCAAUCCAUUUUCUCCCCCUUUAACCCAAGUCCUCAAUUUCCUCGCCCACCUCCAUUCGGAUGAACACCUCGCCUACAGAACAAUUAAUUGCUAUCGCUCGGCUUUGUCUCAGACAAUUGGAACUUGUGAGGGUUAUCCACUGGGGGAGCAUCCAGCAGUAUCCAGGCUACUUCGAGGUGUCUUCAACCUCAACCCCCCUCGCCCCAGAUACUCAACUACUUGGCCCGUAGAAACAGUGACCACAUAUAUCGCUUCCCUCGGACCGAAUAAUUGCCUCCCCUUGCGUCUUCUCACCUACAAGCUGGCUAUGCUUCUAGCCCUGUCCACCGCAGGCCGUUCAGCAGACCUACGUCUGCUGUCUCUGAAGAGUGUUAAACGUCAGUUAGCCGGCUGGGAACUGACGCUUGACGGUUUACGGAAGUCAACUAGAGCUUCAAGUGACUGGCCAUCGGUCUUUGUUCCAGCUCUCCCACAGGAGCCACUUCUCUGUCCAGUGCUAUGCCUUGAAUCCUAUAUUGAGCGGACCCUCCCUCUCCGAGGGGAUUGUUCACAGAUCCUCUUGACAACUCAGAAGCCCUUCAGGCCAGCCUCUCGCGAUACUGUAGCAAAUUGGCUGCGGCGCAUGUUAGGUUCAGCAGGCAUUGACACUUCAGUGUUCAAAGCACACUCCACUAGAGGGGCCGCGACUUCCAAGGCACAGAAGGAGGGGGUCUCCAUCCCGGAAAUCCUUAAGGUUGCCGACUGGUCGUCAGACACUACGUUCAACCGUUUUUACAGACGUAACUUGUGCUCGAGUACAUCUUUUGGGGUGCAAGUACUGUCGCGGGUGUGCACAAGGCUUUGAACCAGCAGUUGUAAACCCUGAUAGUAAGUGGCGACAGAUACAGAAGUAUAAUUACCAGUUCUAGCGAAUGGUACUUACCUGAAGUUAGAACAGGAAUUAUACGAUGUAUAGGGAGACACUUACUAUCAGGGUGUGAGCCCGCCCUUAACACCAGGAUCCCACCCUGGGUCUCUUUCCCUGCCUAUCCCAUGAUAUUCACGACUGCUAUCAUCACUUUGUUUUGUCU